GACUGGAGGCGUCAGCUACCGGCUCAGGCCAUCAUGAAGCCCCCUGUCAGGCGGCGCGCGGCCCCGGCUCGAUACCGGGGAGUGGCCCCGGCCGGGGUCCGCACGGCCACGCUCUGGACCGCACGGGAGAAGCAGCAGCUCCUCCGUUUACUGCAGGCACGAAACGGGGAGCGGGAACCAGAGGCUGCGGAGCUGAGGCAGGGGCUACCCCACCGGAGCGAGGCUGAGAUCCAGGAUUUCAUCCAGUUGUUGAAGCGUCGUGUGACCCGGGAGGUGAUUCAGCAGGAGCAUCGCUGCUGCCAGAAGAAACAGAGGCUUCAUAAGGCUGAAGUUCCAGCCCCCAUUGAGGUUUGGACAGAUCUGGCUCAAAAGGUGACCAACCAGUUGGAAGAAGCAAUGACCACUGCCUUUUCCCAGAUCCUGACCAUUGCUGCGACAGAACCCGUGAGUCUGCUCCACUCCGUUCCGGAGAAGCCGACCCAAGCCAGCGAGAGGCAACUUCUCUGUAAGGACUCGUGCUCCCAGGGAGAUCUCCCACCUCAGACUCCAGAGCCCACCCAGGACACCAGUGGGGGAGUUUCCGAGACCUCGGACAACACCCAGGUCAAGACGAACUCCUCCACAUCUAGCCGAGCCUCUCCCACAAAUGGGAACUUGGCCAUUGACUUUGAGAAGAUAUAUAAGUAUCUGUCAAGUGUAUCCCGGAGUGGCAAGGGACUUGAGCUUUCCCCUGGAGAGUCUGCUGUUCUCCUCGAUCUGCUCAUGUCCCUCCCUGAGGAGCUCAGUCAUCUGCCCUGUGAAAGGCUGCAGGCCCACAUGGCUACUUCCUACAGAAAGCUGGGGCGCCCUCAAGCGGACUCGGGCCCAAGCCACGAGGACCCUGGAGAAGACCACACAGUGGAAGACUGUGAAGUGAGCCCCUCCACCAGCAGUGCCCCAGGAAGCACAGAGAGCCCCACUCCCCAGAGUGCUGCUGCUUCUGGGCCAUGUCUCCGUCCUGUUAGGCACCAGCUGUGGCAGGAAUUGGAGUUCUGUCCUCUGAACCCAUUCCUGAUUCCCUUGGAGCUUCUGUCUCAGGCAGCAACUCCUGGGCUGUGAGCAGCCACAGCCUGAGGGCCAGGCCUCCACUGCCUACUCAGGUCUCUGAGUUUAUUUGAACCCCUCUUUUCAGUAUCUGAUCUGAACAGAUCCCUAAGAAUUUGUACUUGGUACAAGGUAAAGGGAUUUCAGACUUUGUAGGGCUGGAAGUCCUAUCUGUUCUGUUGGACUCCUUUCCCUCUCUGCAUUUGAAGCGUUUGUAUAUGUGUUUGAAAGAGACUUCAGGCAGACAGUCGUGGGAUUUCUGGGGCAGUCAGAAUUGUUCUGGGAAAAGCACUUUUUAAACCUUAAGGUAUGAUUAACUGGGAUUUGAAAAAAACCCAUUUGCUUAUUCAGCAAAUACUUGUUCAGUAUCUCUAAUGUGCAGAGGCAUUGUCCUCGCCUAUCUUUCUCCACUCUGCCUGGUGUGUGUGAGACAGUCGGACAUUAGAACACCCCAGUGUUUCCGCCCUCAAUGGUGUCUUUUGAUCCCUUAGUUUUCAGUUAUGUAUCAUAGGGAAGGUUGGGUCUCUGCCUCAGCCUUCUGGUUUGCUUGUUGAUGGGCACAGUUAAGUUUAUCAAUCUCAAAAUUUGUAACUUAGGUCCAGAAGGAAUAAAAGGCAGGAUUCUGGGUUUUAUUUUCAAAAUAUAAUUUUAAAAAUGAAUAAAAACAAAAUUAAAUUACAAGCAAUUAAGAAAUUCCUUAGCAUAAUUUACAAGUGGUCGCAAAACUAUUGUUGUCAUUCAUAUUUUGUCAUUUAAUUUUCAAAUGAAACUAUCUACUUUGUCUAAUUUCAACCUGUACUUUCUCAAAAAUAAGUUUAAGUUAAAAAAAAAAAAUUGGGGCAGCUAGAUGGCACAGUGGGUAGAGCACCGGCCCUGGAUUCAGGAGGACCUGAAUUCAAAUCCGGCCUCAGACACUUAACACUUACUAGCUGUGUGACUCUGGGCAAGUCACUUAACUCCAAUUGCCUCACACACAAAAAAUAAAAAAAAAAAUAAGUUUAAGUAAUAGUUGACUCAAGCUUUGCUCCCACCUUUACCCCUCUUACAAUUAUCCAGUGUUAACUGUGCUCACUGUGUUAACACCGAAUUAAUUUUGCUUCGGUUACUACCCCAAUUAAACAAGGAAUUUUAAGGUUUUUAACUUCGUCAGCCAGCUUCUCCCUUUCUCAGAAACUCGAACUUCUUGUGCAAUUCUAUUUUUUCUUUCCAUUCCUUCCCACCCUCAUUUCAUCAAACAGAAUAUUGAAAAAGGGGCCAUGGAUAUGUUAUUCUCUUUUACCUAAAUAUAUGAUGCAGUAAACAAUCUACAAAAUGUUGAUUCAUUUUCAAACAGGUACGAAAUGAACAUUUCUUGACAUGUACCCUGUCCUGUCCACAGCUUCCUGUACUGUUGUUUUCUCCUUCCAUUCUCAGGUUCUGGUUGUUUUCCCAGCCCCGGU